CAGAAACACAGCUGAGCCUAAAAUGGCCCGCCUUUGACCUCCUCUAACUCACCCACUGCGUUUGAAAUGCAGGAAUGAUUGAUGAUUUGUGUUAAAACGCCUCAGAAUGGAUUAGACAUUACUGACAUUAGCAAUCAAGGUGCACUUCGUUAUUAAAACGUUGGUGAGAACAGUAAGCACUUCAAAGAGCUCAAUGGACGUUUAGCACCUAAACUGCGCUGCAAUGAACAAGGGGGAUGCGCUCAUUGGAGGUUAACUAUCACUAUAAAGGUCCAAGUCAAAGUUACAUUUGGAGAAAAAGCAAAAGCGACAAAGGACUUUACAAGCACGCGAUGGCCUUUCAGUGGAAUUCUGUGUGCUUUAACGCUGAAAGAAAGUGGGAAGCGCAAACCGGACAGCCGCAUUCAGGUCAACAGAGAAAGCUGAAGGCUGAGAAACUGCGCCAUGGCCCACUCAGGAGGAAGCGCACAGUAUUCAGUAAAGAACAACUGUCCCUACUGGAGAAGGCUUUUACUGUAAAUGCAUAUCCUGAUAUCAGGGCCAAAGAGGAACUGGCCAUAAUUACAGGUCUCCCAGAGUCUAGGAUACAGAUCUGGUUCCAAAAUAGGCGUUCUAAGUACUUUAAAAGUAAAAAGCACGUGGCUGCUAAGUUUCACAAUCCAGCAUCCCUGUCAGACACAAUGUCUGAUGUUCUUCCUGGUGGUAGUACAGUUUCUAACUCCAUGUGGCCACAGGAGAACUUAGCCAAAACACAGGAACAAACCACAUCAUAUUUCAAAAGUACUAAUAGCCAUCACAUCCUGGGAUCCUGGGUUGAAGAAUGCAAUACUCCAGUGCUACAACGAAACAAGAAUUAUGCACAAAACACUCGUUCGUGGAUUUAUGCUGAGAAGAGGCAAUCUGUCACUAAUUUUCAGACCCAUCAGCUGGAAAACUAUAUUCAAUGUGGAAGUCUGAAAAAUAAUACUUCAUGCUACCAUAUUGAGAACAACACACAGAACUGCCAUUGCUCAAGGUUUAUGUACAACACUCAGUCAGUAAGCUGUACUCAGAGUCCACGAUUGGAGAGCAAUGUUAAGACUGGACAGUUUGGGAGUGAUGGAUAUUACAGCUCCCCAGAUCAUUAUGCUAAAUUCAGACACAGAAGCUAUGAUAAGGCCAUACUUCCAGAGGGCUUUGGUCAAUGUUAUCCACUGAUUAGCCCAACCCAGCUAGACCAGUGUGGGAACUAUGCACUCACCAGACAAUCAGAGAGCCCUUCAUUGAGCAGCCCACCUGGAAGCUCCUGCACAGCUGACCAGACUGCAUCUGAGCAACUACAGCAUCUAAUAUUCUGGAGCGACCAGGAGCAGGAUGACCUCUUGAGCUACCCAACCAAUUAUUUCUUUGACAUCUGUACUGACUUCUCUCUGAAUGAUUAUGAUUUUUAGAGGCUGAUAUUGAUAAUUGUUCCUUUUCUUGCUCCUCCAGGACAGUAUUUCAAUGUAAUAUAUAAACCACGGGACAGCUUUGCCUAAAAGGAUUGACAUUGAUGCUCUCCUGAAUUCUUCACCCUAUUUUACAGAAUAAAAACAGAUAUCUUGUGCUGUAAUAUUGCAACAGAAGUACAGAAUACUUGAAACUUUAUUUAUGAAAGAUCAAAGAAAAUGAAUUUGUGUGUAAUAAGCUAUUUUGGAGAUGGAGAACUUGUUAAAUGUUUCCAUUAACCAUUUAAUUUGUUAAAAAGUUAAACAUUAUACUUGUAAGUACUAAAAUUCCUUGUUCAUUAUUUAUUUUAUUUAAUGUUUGGAUUAUGCUAGCAGAGAAAAUAAAUGAUUGUUACUUAUGUAAAUA